AUGAACCAAAGUCCUUUUGACCUUCCAGAUGAUGGUGAAGAAUGGGAGAUAGGGGAGAUCACUCCAGAAGAACCUACUCCAAUGGACGAACCACCUCUCAGGGAAAUGCCCCAAGUAGAGACAGUCAACGACGAUGAUGACAACAUUGCGAACCAUCAGAAGGACGAGCCCGAGAAAGGACACAGAGGAACCAUUCAUCUUCCACAAAUGACAAAUGAAGACUGA